CUCAUUUUCCCCUCACCUCAAAAUCAGGUACCCUUAGAUUUUAUUUUCUUUUCUACUCCCAAACACACAAAACUAUUUUCUUUUUAUUUUAUAUAUAUUUCGCUCUCUCUUUUGAGCUCGAUCGACAGAUUUCGAAUCUCAAUUUCAAUUCGAUUUAAAAGAAAUUUCAUUUCAAUUCCCCCGAGGAAAUUAAAGCCUUUCUAUCUGUCGAUUGUGUUCUUUUUUUGUGAGCAAAUUAGGGUUUGUUUUGUACGCUAAUUCAAGUUGUCUUAAUCUCUCCCAAUUAUCCUUUUUUUUUCUUUCUAAUCGUUACUAAUUAUUCUAUUUUUCCACAUUCUUUUGCAAACCCUAGGUUUGUUAAGUUUUUUCGUAUAAUCUGCCAAAUAUUCAUUCAUUCUUUCUUAUUGUUUUGUAUAUUAAAAAAAAAUUUGGAAAAACUGCGAUUUUAUUGUAUUAUUCAGAUUUGUUUAGGGUUCUUUACAAGAAGCUCGGUGAGAUUUUAGGUGCGUUGAGAUUUUAGUUUACCAUCCUAAAUUGAGGGUUUCCUUGUUAAUUGAAUCUAAUAAAAAAGAGAGAAAAGAAAAAAAAAAAAAAAGAAAAAGAAAAAGAAAAAAAAUUAAUCCUUUUAGGUGUUCUAGAGAAGAGUUUUCGUUUUAGCUGUUUUUAGAGUUGAUCUAAACGAUAAAUGGCGUUGAAUUUUUCGCAUCGGCCUGUCUUUCCGGCACAUAUAUCUGAGGAUAAUUUGGUAUCGCCGAUGAGAAUUGUUAAUGGGUAUUUAGUUGAGGGUGUUCCUGAGAAAAAUGUGGAGAAUUUUGCCCGGUCGGGGUUUGAUUACGGUUAUGGGGGAAAAAGAGUAGAGAACUGUGAUUCGUCAGAGUCGGUAUCGGAGGAUAUCGUAGACCUUCUACCUGCUGAUCCAUUUGGUAUGGAUAUAAGCACGACGAUUACUGCUAUUAGUGGUUGGCUUGAGGAUUUGGGAGUUGAUUAUGGUGGAUGUAGGAGAAAUAACCAUGUUGGUCCGAGUAAUAAUGAGGACUAUGGUUUGUUUGCGGGUUUGAAUUAUAUUUGGAAUGAUGCUAUGAGGUUCCAUCAAUCAUUCCCUAGUAGUCAUCACGUUCGGUCUGAUGACCUAAGUUGCGCGGACUCUUCACUUUCGAUGCCUCACCCGUGUUGGAUUCUCCAAAAAUGCGCUACUUUUGGAGAAUCCGACAAGCACCCGUCGACAUUUUUGAAGAGUCAGAGCAAUGUUGAAUUGAAUAGAGGUGAUCAAGUUAAUUGGUUUAUUGGGGAGAGAGAUAUGAGGGAUGCCUUGGCCCAUGUUGGUCUUGGCUCAGCUUGCAAUGUGGGGGACAUUGCAGGUGUCAAUAAUAAUGUAGGUUCAGGCAGUUUUUUGCCCGAGACUAUGGAAGCAGCGGCUUGUGCGACGUCUUGCUCUGUUGGUGAAGAUGAAGGAGCCCCUCAUGAGGCUUUAUCUUUUGCUCUUGGUUACCUUGGAGUGAAGGAUCUUUUGAAUGUAGAAAGUGUUUGUAGGUCAUUGCAGGUGACUGUAAAGAAUGAUCCUUUAUUAUGGAGGAGCAUUCACAUUGAAAGCCCAUUGAAUGAGAUCAGUGACGAUAUCCUCUUGCAAUUGACUAGCAGGGCUCAAGGUAACUUACAAUGCUUGAGUUUGUUGGAGUGUUCCCGCAUCACAGAUGACGGUUUGAGGCGGGUACUUGACUCUAAUCCACGUUUGACAAAGCUAUUUGUUCCUGCAUGUACAAGACUCAGUGUUGAUGGCAUUGUAAAUAUGUUGAAGUCUUAUAACUGUCAAAGAGGUAUGAUGGGUAUAAAGCACCUGAGAAUUGGCGGUCUUUAUGGAGUAACUCAUGAACAUGUUGAAGAACUCAGGUGCCUUCUAGGUGCAGAUAGCCAGACGGGGCAAAAUGUUUACAAACCCCAUUUCUUUUCUCGAUGGAAUAUUUACCGAUUAUCUGAUGACGAUCGGGCUAUUGACGUUCAAAUAUGUCCUAGAUGUGAAAAAAUGAGGUUGGUCUAUGAUUGUCCUGCAGAGGGUUGCCAAGUGAAAGACGAAGCUACUCAAGAAUGCAGGGCCUGCUCGCUUUGCAUCUUACGGUGUAGCGAAUGUGGGAGAUGUAUAAAUAACACUGAAUAUGAGGAAACUUUUUGUUUGGAAUUGCUUUGCUCUGAUUGCUUUAAGCAGCCAUUGAAGCUUGAAGACGAGCAGGAGGGAGGGGAGUGGCUGGUUCCUGUGAAGGAGAGAUCAAAGUGUGAUUGCUGAGGAGUAAAUCUAUGUGCUAUCUAUCUACAUGUUUAAUUGGAUAAUUAUCGAGGGAAGAACAUUUGUGACUGCUAUCAAUUUGUGUAAGACUUGCCGAACCAGUUGAAUUGUUUUGUUUGUUGAACUGCUUUCAGCUAAAUAAUAUACAUUCACUCAUUGUUCAAAA